CCUUGGGUCUGGGUUUGGGUCAUUGAUGGUGGGAGAUUAAAAGGAACAUGGUUUGGUUGGUGGGCGAGGAAAGACCACUUUGGAACAAACAAGACAAAGAAGAGGACGACUGACUUUUUUAUUUGGAUAUUUUUUCGGCCGCUUUCUUUAUUUAUUUAUGUAUUUAUUUAUUUCAUCUUUUCUCUCUCACGCAUCGUUUCCUCUUUUUGACUGUCCCUCCGUCCAGUUGGUUGGGUCCUUCCCUUCCUUGCUCUCUCUCUAUAAAUUUGUGCUCCGCCAACAUGAUUCUCUUUCCUUCUUUCUCCAAUUUUCCGGCGCAGGCGCUUCUCUGUUGUUUUUCCGUCCGGCAAUCUUUCGCCGGAAUAUUAAUUCCUUAUCUUCUCCCUGCGGGUAUAUAUCUUCAAGCUUGCAAACAUUCUCUAAUUUUUCAGCCUUCUAUCGGGGGAUGGUGGUGGGGUCUAAAGAAGCGAUCUUUCACCUCCUGAUUGAACACAGGAGCAGAGUAUUAUGGACGGUGUUAAGGUUAUGUCUGAUUGUGUGAAAGGAGGAAUGGACGGUACAAAAGAGACAGGACUUAAAAAUGUGAGUUCCCACUGCUCUAUUUCUGAAAUGGACGACUUUGAUCUCACAAAGCUACUUGAGAAGCCCAGAAUCAACAUAGAGAGGCAGAGAUCAUUUGAUGAGAGAUCUCUUAGUGAAUUGUCAGUUGGCUUGUCUAGAGUUUUGGAUAAUAAUGAGUUCACGUAUUCUCCUGGGAGGUCUGCUUUGAACACCCCUGUGUCUUCUGCUCGGAAUUCUUUUGAGCCACAUCCAAUUGUUGCCGAUGCUUGGGAAGCCCUCCGACAGUCCCUUGUGUACUUUCGGGGCCAACCAGUCGGGACAAUUGCUGCUAUUGAUCACUCAUCAGAGGAGGUCUUAAAUUAUGAUCAGGUUUUUGUUCGUGAUUUUGUGCCAAGUGCACUGGCUUUCUUAAUGAAUGGUGAGCCAGAAAUAGUUAAAAACUUCUUACUGAAGACACUUCAUCUUCAAGGAUGGGAAAAAAGAAUUGAUAGAUUCAAACUCGGGGAGGGUGUUAUGCCAGCUAGUUUCAAAGUUCUUCAUGAUCCAGUUCGCAAGACAGAUACCAUAGUGGCAGAUUUUGGUGAGACUGCAAUUGGAAGGGUAGCUCCGGUUGAUUCUGGCUUCUGGUGGAUAAUUCUGCUCCGAGCAUACACAAAGUCUACUGGAGACUUGUCUCUGGCAGAAACACCAGACUGCCAAAAGGGAAUGAGACUUAUACUGGCCUUGUGUCUGUCGGAGGGUUUUGACACAUUUCCGACAUUGCUCUGUGCUGAUGGUUGUUCAAUGAUUGAUCGAAGAAUGGGAAUAUAUGGGUACCCAAUCGAGAUUCAAGCACUCUUCUUUAUGGCAUUGAGAUGUGCACUGGCAAUGUUAAAGCAUGAUGCAGAAGGCAAAGAAUUCAUCGAGAGGAUUGUGAAGCGUUUGCAUGCCUUGAGUUAUCACAUGAGAAGCUACUUUUGGCUUGAUUUUCAACAAUUGAACGACAUAUAUCGCUACAAAACUGAAGAAUACUCUCAUACGGCUGUUAAUAAGUUUAAUGUUAUUCCUGACUCAAUCCCUGAGUGGGUGUUUGAUUUCAUGCCCAUGCGCGGUGGCUAUUUUAUUGGAAAUGUUAGUCCGGCAAGGAUGGACUUUAGAUGGUUUGCCUUGGGUAACUGUGUUGCAAUAUUGUGUUCUCUUGCCACUCCAGAGCAAGCUUCUGCUAUUAUGGACCUUAUUGAAGAAAGGUGGGAGGAGCUGGUCGGGGAAAUGCCUCUGAAGAUAGCUUAUCCUGCUAUUGAAAGUCACGAGUGGCGAAUCGUGACAGGCUGUGAUCCGAAGAAUACGAGAUGGAGUUAUCACAAUGGAGGAUCUUGGCCAGUCCUUCUAUGGUUGCUUACAGCUGCGUGCAUCAAGACGGGGCGCCCGCAAAUUGCAAGACGGGCCAUCGAUCUUGCAGAGAGCCGAUUGCUGAAGGAUGGGUGGCCUGAAUAUUACGACGGGAAGCUGGGAAGAUACAUAGGGAAGCAAGCUAGAAAAUACCAGACUUGGUCCAUCGCGGGGUAUCUGGUGGCGAAGAUGAUGUUGGAGGAUCCCUCGCAUUUGGGGAUGAUCUCUCUGGAGGAGGACAAGCAGAUGAAGCCCGUUAUGAAGCGGUCGUCGUCGUGGACUUGCUGAAUGACAUGAAAUGUAAUUCGAGCAAAAUGUGAAAACUCCAAAUUGUUUUGCUUGCAAAAACCCUCGAGACAGUACCAGCUCUGUAGUUUGAUCAUUCCUUUCUAUUUCUUGUAUGUAUAUUAAUGCCUGCCUGUCUGUCUGGUAAUGGUAAAGACUCUAAUCUUUCCCUUUGCAAUAAUAAAUACUAAAAAAAAAAAAAAAAGGCAAUUUUUAUUUU